UGUAGACUCCAGCAGCAACCACUCCAAGUGUGCAGACUGCUCCGACGCCGACCUAUAAUCUUUCUAUCGUGCCAUCCGCGAAUGCUACCAUGGUACCGGAAUAGAUGGAGAUGGUACCAAUGCCACCUAUGCCUCCAACAGGGUAUUACCCACCGGCAUAUGGUUGGCAACCGCUGACUUGGGGAUACGGACAGAAGCAGCCGAGUGUGAAUCCGUUUCCUGGCCCAGGACAAUGGGCCUGGUUCACUAAGGAACAUCUCGAUUUGAUCGAGAAAUGGAAGGCGCGCAAUGCGACAGAAGAAUCGAAGAGAAGCGGCCAUGCAGAAUCAAGCGGUGGAUCCAACUCGACCAAGAAUAGGAAGACGAAAGGGAAAGAAGACGACGAUAGCGAAGCCAGAAUUAAAUCAUGGAUAUCAAGCACGUUUGGUAACUCAUUGAAGAAGAUCGCUGAGAAGUUGGAUGACGUGGAUAAGCGUAUGGUGGCCGCCAUGGCUGAACGAGGAGGAGAUGAGGAGGAGAUGAGGAGGAGAAGGGACGUCACGCGGAGCAUCGAGAAUGGAGUGAAGAUGUGCCCCCUGAGAAUCAACAUAUUGGAUGAAGAAGGGGAUGGGAAAGUACUGAGUCGGAGUAACCGUGAUAACGCGAUAGGAGAAGACGGAUCUGGAAACGCAGGAGGGGACGCGGUGAAGCUUAACGAGAUCAAAGGAAUUUUGGUCGAAUUGAUGGGAAAAAUGGGCAAGAACGCGAAUUCGGGAGGUAGAACGACUGAAUUAAAAGAACGAGAAGUCGUGCGAAAGGGAAAAGGAAAAUUGAUGGAGGUUGAAUCAGAAGAAGUAUCGGAGGAGGAGAGUGAUCACACGAAGAAGGAUUCUGAUCAAGCUUAUGUGAUGGAAUACAUGAGAUGCAGGCUCGACUACUACAUGACUUUGAAGUACAAGGAGCUGCGUGCGCUCUGCAAGAAGCGGGAAUUAAAGUGCGAAAGGAAGGAUAAAGGAGCAUGGGAACUUGCAAAACAAGACACUGAAGUGUUCUCCAAGCUGGUGAAUACCAUUGGAGACGAAGAGAGAGAACGGACGGACGACGAGGAAGAAGAAAACGACGAGGAAGAGGACUCCGAGGAAAAGGCGGAGGAUGACGUGGCGGGCAACUAACUUGAAGUACGCUUAGCCUAUUUAAGCGU